AUGAGCCUCCGUCUGCCUCUCCGCCGGGGUGGGGGAAGAUUCGCCACCAUCAUCGGCGCCUACGCUCCGCCGAUGACCAGCCCCGACGCCGCCGCAGGAGACAAAUUCUACGAGGACCUGCACGCCCUCUUGGCGACUGUGUCGAAGGCGGACAAGUUGAUUGUCCUUGGUGACUUCAACGCCCGCGUCGGAAGAGACCAUACUGCCUGGAGAGGAGUGCUGGGUCCCAAUGUUCUCCGCGGCUCCAACGACAAUGGUCUGCUGCUGCUCCGCACCUGCGCAGAUGGCCGCCUCACCCUGACGAGCACGUUCUUCUGUCUGCCGGAGCGAGAGAAGGCCACCUGGAGGCAUCCUCGGUCGCGUCAGUGGCACCUGCUGGACUAUGUCCUCGUCCGGAGGCGAGAUCAGCGGGACGUGCUGGUGACGAAGGCGAUCGCGGGUGCUGACGGGUGGACCGACCAUCGCCUCGCCAUCUCGAAGAUGCGUAUUCGUCUACAACCUCGCAGGCGACCACAAGGUAAGCGACCCCCAGGUAAGCUGAAUGUUGCCUUGUUGUCUUUGCCUGCUCACCAUCUUCAUUUCAGCAAUGAGCUAGCUCAACGGCUAGACAACCUCCCCAUCGCCGACGCCGCCGCUGCCGAGAACGCCUCCGUGGAGAACCGCAGGUGUCAAAUGCGAGACACGGUCCAGUCGACGGCGGUCGCCGUCCUUGGUCGCGCUCCCCGCCAACACCAGGACUGGUUCGACGACAACGACGCUGCCAUCAGAAAUCUGCUUGCCGAAAAGAACCGCCUACACAAAGCCUACGUAGAUCACCCCACUGAGGACAACAAAGCUGCCUUCUACCGCAGUCGCCACCAACAUCAGCAACGUCUGCGCGAGAUGCAGGACGCCUGGACUGCUCGCAAAGCUGAGGAGAUCCAAGGCUACGCGGACCGCAACGAAUGGAAGAACUUCUUCUCCGCGAUCAAAGCUGUCUACGGUCCGCCGACGAAGGGCACUGCUCCUCUCCUCAGCGCCGACGGCAGCACUCUCCUGACUGAGAAGACGCAAAUCCUACAGCGAUGGGCCGAGCAUUUCCGAGGCGUCCUCAACCGCCUUCCGCCAUCUCUGACGCCGCCACCGAGCGUUUGCCGCAAGUGGAGACCAACGUGGACCUCGACCUCCCGCCAUCUCUCCAAGAAACCAUCAGGGCCGUGCAGCAGCUCUCCAGCGGGAAAGCACCCGGAUCGGACGCAAUCCCUGCUGAGGUCUACAAGCACGGAGGCCCCUACUGAUGUAUCACCUGACUGCGCUCUUCCAGGAUAUGUGACGUCAAGGUGA